CAAAUCCGAAUACGACGGUGAAAAGUGCAACCUCGCGUCAAAAAAAUAACCAACGCUCUUAUAAGUAGUAUCACUGAAGGUGGCGCGAAAAUCAAAAUGUGGUGAAAAUUGAAAGCACACAACAAUGGAAAACGACGGUGGAGAAGGUUCAAGCUUCCUUGUCAGCAUCAUUGAAAACAGAGCUAAGGAGGUUGGAUUAGCGGCUUUUGAUUUGAGGUCUGCUUCACUGCACCUUUCACAAUAUAUUGAAACCAGUAGUUCAUAUCAAAACACAAAGACAUUACUGCAUUUCUAUGAUCCCAUUGUGAUCAUCGUUCCUCCAAACAAGUCAGCCUCCAGUUCUACAAGUACAGUUACUGAAUUGGUUGAUAGAUUUUAUGGUUCAGUCAAGAAGGUAGUGUUGGCCCGUGGUUGUUUUGAUGACACAAAGGGAGCUAUCUUAAUAAAAAACCUAGCAGCCAAGGAUCCUUCAGCACUUGGUUUGGACACUUAUUACAAGCAGUAUUAUCUGUGCUUGGCUGCCGCUGCCGCUACUUUAAAGUGGAUUGAAACAGAAAAAGGGGUGGUUAUUACCAAUCACUCAUUGUCGGUCACCUUUAAUGGAUCCUUUGAUCACAUGAAUAUUGAUGCAACCAGUGUCCAAAACUUGGAAAUUAUUGAGCCAUUUCAUUCUGCCCUACUGGGAACAAGCAACAAAAAGAGAAGUCUAUUUCACAUGCUCAAGACAACUAAAACUAUUGGAGGGACUAGGCUCCUUCGUGCCAAUUUGUUGCAGCCUCUAAAAGACAUCAAAACAAUCAACGCUCGUCUUGAUUGCCUAGAUGAACUGAUGAACAAUGAACAACUGUUUUUUGCCCUCUGUCAGUUUUUGCGUAAAUUUCCAAAAGAGACUGAUAGAGUAUUAUGCCACUUCUGCUUUAAGCCAAAGAAAGUUACAAUUGAGGCUAUAUCAGUUGAUCGUUCUAAAAAGAGUCAAGUGCUGGUAUCGAGUGUAAUCCUCCUUAAAACUGCUUUAGAUGCCCUUCCAUUACUUUCUAUGGCGCUUAAGGAUGCCAAAAGUUCCCUUCUUUCAAAUAUCUACAAGUCUGUUUGUGAAAAUGAAAAAUAUGAUCUUAUUAAGAAAAGAAUAGAAGAAAUUAUUGAUGAAGAUGUGCUUCAUGCACGGGUUCCUUUUGUUGCCUGCACUCAGCAAUGCUUUGCUGUUAAGGCUGGAAUUGACGGUCUCUUGGAUAUUUCACGAAAAUCAUUUUGUGAAACCAGUGAAGCUAUCCACAAUCUUGCAAACAAUUAUCGAGAGGAUUUCAAGUUGCCAAAUUUAAAGCUUACAUUUAAAAACAGACAGGGAUUUCAUUUUGUUAUACCACAGAAGAAUAUUCAAGGAAAGCUUCCAAACAAGUUCAUUCAGGUUGUAAAACACGGGAACAACAUUCAUUGCUCAACUUUGGAACUAGCAUCUUUGAAUGCUAGGAAUAAAUCUGCAGCUGCAGAAUGCUAUACAAGAACAGAGGUUUGCCUCGAAGAACUAAUGGAUGCGAUUCGUGAGAAUGUCUCUGCGUUGACACUGCUAGCUGAAAUCUUGUGCUUGUUAGACAUGAUUGUGAACUCUUUUGCUCAUAUGAUUUCGACUAAGCCCGUGGAUCAAUAUACAAGACCAGAAUUUACGGAGAAUGGGCCAAUGGCAAUUGAUUCUGGUAGACACCCAAUCUUGGAGAGCAUACACAAUGAUUUUGUUGCCAACAAUAUAUUUCUGUCUGAAGCCUCAAACAUGGCGAUUGUGACAGGCCCUAAUAUGAGCGGAAAGAGUACUUACCUUCAACAAGUGUGUCUCAUAGUUAUCAUUGCUCAAGUUGGGUGUUACGUUCCUGCCCGCUUCUCAACUCUUAGGGUAGUUGACCGUGUUUUCACAAGGAUGGGUGCAGUUGAUAAUCUUGAAUCAAACUCUAGCACGUUCAUGACAGAGAUGAAAGAGACAGCUUUUAUCAUGCAGAAUGUUUCAGAGAGGAGUUUGAUUGUUAUGGAUGAACUUGGUAGGGCUACUUCUUCAUCUGAUGGGUUUGCAAUAGCUUGGAGUUGCUGCGAGCAUCUUUUGUCACUAAAAGCGUAUACGAUAUUUGCCACUCAUAUGGAGAAUAUAGCGGAAUUAGCAACAAUCUAUCCCAACGUGAAAAUUCUCCACUUUCAUGUCGAAUUAAAAAACAACCAUUUGGAGUUCAAGUUUCAACUUAAGGAAGGACCGAAACAUAUCCCCCAUUAUGGCCUUCUCUUAGCAGAAGUGGCAGGAUUACCAACCUCCGUUAUUGAGACCGCCAGAAUGAUCACAUUAAGGAUUUCAGAAAAGGAAAAGAAAAGGAUGGAUGUCAACUGCUUGCAGAAUCACUCAAUACAGAGUGCUUAUCAUGUUGCGCAAAGGUUGUUAUGCCUGAAAUAUUCCAAUCAAGACGAGGAUACAAUUCGGCAAGCUUUGCGGAAUCUCAAGGAGCACUGCAUCAAGCAAAAGCUUUAAAAAUGGCCUAAAGGACAAUCUUUUCUUUGGCCUGAUUCUUUUCAGCAUAUGCAACUGUCAUUACUCAUUAGAUUGUAUAAUUUUGGGAACAUAUUGUACUCAAUUGAAUCACUAUCACAAGUGUAAUGUUCUUUUUCAGGAUAAAGGAAAGUUGAUCUAUUUUUAGAA